AGAAGCAAUAAAUAAAAAACAAGCAUCUGGUUCUUCAAAUACAUAUGGUUUUAGCUUGUAUAUACACAUACAUAUACGUUUAGACAAACCUCAAAUCCUCUUCGUACAAUAAUACAUGCAAGAGGUCAGGCAUACACUGCAGUGUUGCCUACGCAUAUCAUUUGUUUUACUUUCUCUACUUUCAAAAAUCAUUAAUUUGUUCUUAAUUUUCUCCAUCUUUUGUGUUGAAGGAUAUAAAUCACAUUAGAACAAAAACAUACAUUCUGAUAAUUACCGUUUCAUUGGUAAACACACGUUGUUAAUAUAUAGGUUGAAAACGAAUGUACUAAUUGAUGAAUUAAUUUGUUAGUAUCUUUAUUGGUAGUCUCAACUAAUUGAUUUUAUCGUUUACUAUGCUAAUCAUUUUAAAAUAAUGUAAAAUGUUUCUACGAUGUGUGUGAAAACUUAAAACGUUAUUGGUCUGUUGAAAAUAUUUUAAAAGUUUUAUUUGUCCAUUUGCAUCAUCACUUAAGAAAGAAAACUACACUAAUGUUAAUACAUAUACUAAAGUAACUUUUAAUUUCCUAAGUAAAUUAUGGUUUUACAUAAGUAUGUGUUAAACAAUUUGAUGCAUCUAUAAAUACCUAGAAGCACCAUCUCUGUCGAGUGUCAACGUACCAACAACUGAUCUUCCACAUCUCUCCUUACUUUUGUCCUUCAACAUACAAACCCUAAAAACCAAAAAUGGAAGAAGCCCUAAGAAAGUUCAACGAAUCUACCCACUCCUUCAUACCCGGUUACGAACCCGACCCGAUUCCUCUAACGAGAAUCUUUGCCAACGACGCAAAACCCCCGCAGGUUAACAACACACCGUCUUCAAAGGAGACAAUAGUGACGACCAUCACCGGAUCUGGCAGGACAAGGUACCGCGGCGUUCGCCGAAGGCCGUGGGGACGUUACGCGGCGGAGAUACGUGAUCCCACGUCGAAGGAGAGACGUUGGCUCGGAACGUUCGAUACGGCGGAGCAAGCCGCUUGUGCUUACGACUGUGCAGCUCGUGAGUUUCGUGGAUCUAAGGCUCGGACCAACUAUACUUAUCCUGUUACUAAUCCUGUUGCCGAGCCUAGAUUCUCUUUCUCCUCAAAUAAAUCUAUGAAGGCCGUUCGUUCUCCUAUACCGUCACCUCUGAAGAUGAACACACAGCCUCUCUUAUGGUAUUCCUCUCACGAAACAGCGACUAACGGCUCCUCUUCUCCUUCUUGCUCCUUGACAAAAACGGCAAGCAUUUCCUCUUCCGCUGAUGAAAACUACACGGAGUUUUUCCCGCAAGAACAUUCUGAUUCUGGUCUCUUGCAAGAUAUCGUUCAAGAGUUCUUGAAGAAGAAACGCAACCAGCCUCCGCCACUGAUACCACCACCACCACCACCGCCAUCUCCACCGAUGGUUGGACAUCUUGAAAACUUCCGUGAAUUCUCCGCCAACAGUUUGUUUCAACCGAUGGUGGAGACAUCAAAAUUAGAUUGCUACGGAAACAUUAGUUAUCAAGAUGGUGACUCCGGUUUUUUUUAUGGCAUGAGCUCCGUUGCAGAUGGUGGUUUUACUUAUGGAUCAGACGCGUGGGGAUUAUCAUGAAAUGUGUUAGAUUUAUUAUUUUAGAAUAUUCUAUUAUAUAUAACUUUUUGCACUUUGGAUAUUACCUAAAGAGUUCUUAAUUUUAAGUUAAACUAGCUAUUUCCGUAGCUUUUGGUAUCUCUUAUGACUCUUGUAUCCAUGUUUUUUGUAAGCUUUACAUCCCUGUUCUUCGGAUAUUUCAGUUAUAUGAAAGCUUACUUAUUUUGGAUAUUUCAGUUUUUAUUAUUUUGGUCUUCGUGCCUGCAUGCAUUUCCGUAUUUAAAACAUGUUUGACAGUCUAUACAGUUAUGUAUAUAUUAUAUUUGCUGUUCUACAAUUACCACUAAUUAAAACGGAUGUAAAAAGAAGAUAAAGUUACAAAUACAAUAAUUGAAGGAAAUUAAUCAUAUUAUAUCGAAGUCUAAAUGAAAGAUAAAGUGUUUUUGAUCAAGCCCUUCUAAUACAUACAGAAUAAAAUAUUUCAUUUGUUUAGCAAUUGUAUCGACCUAUUUAAAGAAGUGAAUCCACAGAUGAAGAAGUGAGACUUUUAUUCGUCCAAAAGGCAGAGUCUGUCUCUGUCUUCUCCACCUUGACGUGCUCUCUCAUUUUAUCACCAUAUGAAAAGCUUACCUGUGUUAAAAAAAGAAAAAAAGCUUACUUUUUUUUUAACUUACUUUACUAGCAAAGGAUCAAUAAAUAAUUCAAAACCAUAGUAGUAUACAGUGUAAUGAGCGUUUGGGUGUUGUGUGUAUCGUCAGACAAAUUUGCAAAUGUACGUGUUCCGUAGUUAUUGCGGUAUUCAUUUCAAAACAUAGUACCAUAUAUUACACCAAAAAAACAUAGUACCAUAUAGUAUAAUCAAAAUUUUAAAAUGGUACUCUUGAUAUAGACCGACAAAAUGAUAUUCUCUGAUUUUAAUUUUUUUAAAAAUGAUACUCUUGAUAGACCGACAAAAUGAUAUUCUCUGAUUUUAAAAUGAUACUCCUUUCUUCUGGAUUCUCUUCACAUCAGGCGAAAAACCUUGUACGUGACUGUGCAUCUUCAAACAUGAGCUAGUGUGUGUUCUUCUGAGUUUCCCCUUUUAGGAAAGUUUUGUAUCAAGGCACUCUUUACUAAACCCUUUUGAGUACAUUUCUCUUUCAUCUCGGUUUCGUAGAGAUUUGGUAUGUAUACGAGGAUUGGUGUUUUGCAUGUGUUCAUCACUAAAGAGACGUUCUUGUGCUCAUGAUCGGAAGAGACAAAAGUAAUGUUAAUUUGGAAGUCUAUACUCAUGAACAUGAACAAAAUGACUCCAUGGCCCAAUGGAUAAGGCGCUGGUCUACGAAACCAGAGACUCUGGGUUCGAUCCCCAGUGGAGUCGCGUUUUUUUACAAUUUAUAAUGGACCAAAUGCUUUUUGAUUUUGUUUAUGUUGAACCAAAGUAGCUAAAAUUUCAAAGCUGAAGGCAAACAACCGAAAUGAAGCAUAUACAAGGGGUCAUUUCAUUACUCGUGAGUAAUGUUUUGAGUUCUAUCAUUUUUCUUUGGAGAUGAAAAGAAGAACGUCAUCGUGUACACCAUCUUCAGAUUUAAGCUGAAUAAAUAGAGAGCAAUGUUCAAGCUGCGACUGAAACAAUCUUUGUUUUAUCUAAAUAAAUAGCUUUCAAGUGUAAUAUGUGCAACGAAUCCAAAAGUGUUGAAUCAAAAUUCAACCAACAUAGAAAGGUACAACCGUUAAUCACAGCUUUGCGAUUCCAGAAGCAGCACUGGCACACAUAAUUUUCAAACACAGAAGAUGAACAGAAGAACUGAGUCUGUCUCCAAAAUUCUGAAGACACAAUAAUUGUCACAGAGAGAGAACAGAGUCUGUCUCAACGAGCAAAAGACCAAACAAAUACAAUUAAUAAAAAAGAAAGAGAAGAAACCAUUAGGCUUCGAUUUCCGAAGAUGAAUCAAAUA